AUGCUUGGAGGUACGGAGGGCUCAUAUCAAACCUGGGCCGACGCUGUGGGCGACGACAGUUACACGUUUGCCAACUUUGAACCCUACUUCAAGAAGGCUGUCACCUUCACCAAGCCGAACGACGCCAUACGUGGCGACAAUGUGACUACGCAAUACGACGAGAGUGCCUUCCAAACACCGGGAGGACCUAUCCAGAUCGGUUACUCCAACUAUGUCUCUCCAUUCUCGACCUGGAUGGAGAAGGCUCUUCAUGCAGUCGGCUUGAAAAGGACCAGCGAAUUCGAUAGCGGCAAACUCAUGGGAACACACUACACCCAAACUUUCAUCGACGCGAAGGAGCAGACCCGCAGUGCAUCGGACGAAUACAUCAAAACAGCGCUCGAUAACGACAAGCUCGCCGUGUACGCAAACACCCAGGCCCAGAAGAUCCUCUUUGAUGGCAACAAGACCGCGACCGGCGUAAGGGUUCAGUCCACGGCCAUUACCUACGACAUUCAUGCUUCCAAGGAGGUCAUCGUUUCCGCAGGCGCUUUCCACAGCCCCCAGCUUCUCAUGGUAUCGGGCGUGGGUCCAAAGGAGACUUUGGAGAAGUUCAACAUCGACGUGGUUGCCGAUCGCCCUGGCGUAGGCCAGAACAUGUGGGAUCACAUUAUGUUCGGACCGGCUUACGAAGUUAGCUUCAACACACUGGAUAACACCCUCCACAACCCCGUCGCGCUUGCUGAUGCACUGGCCGACUACACCCUCAAAGGCGAGGGCGUACUUUCUUCCAACGUAGUCGAGUUCCUCGGCUGGGAAAAGCUACCCCAAGAGUUCCGCCAAAACUUCUCCCAGUCCACCGUCGAUGCCUUGAACCAAUUCACCGAUGACUGGCCAGAAGCUGAGGUAAGCCCCUAG